AUGCGAUUUAGAAAACGGUCUUUUUCCGUAAAAUUAUUAUGUCUAUCAAUCUAUUUUAUUCUAUUUCUUAUCCUAAUUAGAAUCAUUAUCUAUUCUUAUCAAAGACCAUCAAAAACAUCAAAACCAGUUGUUAUUUGGAGUAAUGAUUACCAUAUAAGUCCCAUUCGUGAUCUCAAAUAUUUAUUAACCCCAAACUUUCGUGUUCAGUUUAUCGACAAGUCUCUCUCCAGUUAUUGUUCACAAACACAUACGUGUAGACAUAAUCUAAAAUUUUUCACGCCAGAGAAUGGUAUGGAUCCACCAGUAGACAUUCGUCAACAAUUUCUUCAACAUUAUAAAUAUGACACCGAAAUGAGUAGAGUCAAUGCUUUCAUUUGUUUUCAUCCAUCGGCCAUGUGUGAAGUAUUUAUGCCAUUCAAUAAAUCUUUAAUUAUAAUUGCCACUACUCGCUAUGAACUAGGCCGACAUGAAUCACAUAGAUGGCACGAAUGGAAUAAGAAUUUGAAAAUAAUCGCGCAAAACACCACAAAUGUUAUUGCAGCUAAUAACUUGUAUGAUGCUGAAUAUAUACGAUAUUUCACUGGACUUAAUAUCACCGUUCUACCAAGUCUUUGUGAUUAUACUAGCAUGGUAUAUCACCCAACAAGCAAAAAUAUUCUAAUUGCACCCAUACAUAAUGAACAAUUUUUCACGUUAUUUUCAUUAUCGUUAAAUGAUUCAUUGAAACGUCUACAUUCCUCUAUAGAGAUUGUUCCUGUUCGAACAUUGUAUAAAAAUAAGUACCAAUAUUUUCAAUUGAUUCGUCAUCCAGCAAUUAUCCAUAUUCCUUAUCAAGUAUCAACCAUGAGUCUAUUUGAACAGUAUCGAAUGCAAAUUCCUCUGUUUUUUCCCACUAUUGAUUUGCUAACAGAAUGGCAUCUUAAAUAUCGAAUUGUUAGUGAACGAACAUGGGACAAUCCAGCAAGAAAAAUGUCACGUAUUAAAGGUGUCUUGAAAAACGUACCUGAUCCAAAUAAUGAAUUUGAUGGGGAAGCCGUUCGAUAUUGGUUAAAAUAUGCUGAUUUUUAUCAAUGGCCAAAUAUUAUAUAUUUCAAUUCAACAGAUGAUUUGAUUUGGAAAUUAUCCAACACAAAUUUGACUCACGUUAGUUUACAAAUGAAAUCUUACAAUCGUCAGGUGAAAGAAGAAGUGUUACAAAAAUGGAAAGUUAUACUCGAUCGAAUCAAAGGAAAUUAA